UUUGUUCAUUCGAUGAAUUUCUUUAUAUACACACACACACCCAAAUUGUAUUUGAAAUAAAGGUUUGCAAUUUUCGUUUUGGGAAUAUGGGGAUGGAUAAAAACUCAAAAAAGUUUAAUAGUAUUAAACCAUUAUUCAUGGUUUUGCUCUUUCUAAAUCCCAGUUCCAGAAAUUAUGGUUGCCAUGAUUUCUCUCUCUGUAUAGAUAUAUAUCUUUAUAUAUAAUAUAUAUAUCAUGUUAUGCUUUAAAGUCAAGGUCCAGCAUAGACGGAUAGAUAAUAUUAUUUGUUGCUAAUAAUUACAUGGCUAUAAGUAAAAACUGCUCCAAAAUGGAGUGAUUAGGACAUUUGAACUAGAGCUGAAAAUGAGCUUCCAAUAUAGGAAUUUAUUGAAUUGCAGAAAUUGCUUAGUGGAGUUUCUUUUCCUAUGACCUCCAAUUAGACAGUCUGCUUAAUUAUAUGGGAUAAAAAGGAAAGAGAAAUAGAAAACUUAAUGGCAAUCAAUUUUCCAUUCCUUUUUUCAUUUGUUAAUCUGUGUCUGAAAGAGGAAACAGUGCAGAGAUAAGAAAUCAAAUUUUCUUUGCUUCAAAGGUAGAGACAUGGUUUCCUCUUCGACACUUCUCUUGUAUAUCACUGUAUUGUUGCUAUCAUAACUGAAACCUCAGACAUUCUAAUAUAUAUAUAUAUAUUUGUUGUGAAAGAAAACAAAUUGGAAUGUGGCUACUAACUCAAAAUAUGGAUACCCAUGAGCAAAAAUUUGAAUUUAAAAUCAUUUAUUUGGUGGCCAUUAUUGUGAUUUUUGCUAAAAUUUCGAGCUCCUCUGUUCUUGAGGUCAGUGGAGAUGAGAAUUUAGAGUUAAUGGUGGAGGGUGAAGGGACUCAUUUACCAUAUUCUAGCUCAAAUCAUGGGAUGUAUGAGUUUGAUGACUUGGAAGAUGAUACAUGGACAAUGGUGCAGAAAAAGGGGAACCAAUUUGUGGUUAAGGGCCAACCUUUUUAUAUGAAUGGAUUUAACACUUACUGGCUGAUGGUAUUUGCAGCAGACCAAUCAACAAGAGGAAAGGUUAGUGAGGUGUUUCAAGAGGCAUCUGCUGUGGGUUUAACGGUAUGUCGAACUUGGGCUUUCAAUGAUGGUCAAUGGCGAGCUCUUCAGAAAUCACCAUCCAUUUAUGAUGAAGAGGUUUUCAAGGCCUUGGAUUUUGUUGUGAGUGAAGCAAAGAAGUACAAGAUCAGACUUAUAUUGUCAUUAGUUAACAACUGGGAUGCUUAUGGUGGCAAACCACAAUAUGUUAAAUGGGGCAAAGCUGCAGGCCUGAAUUUGACUUCUGACGAUGACUUUUUCUCUCAUCCGAGUCUCAGAAGCUAUUACAAAGCCCAUGUUAAUACGGUGCUUAAUAGAGUCAAUACACUCACCAACAUUACUUACAAGGAUGAUCCUACAAUUUUUGCUUGGGAACUAAUGAAUGAGCCCCGCUGUACCUCAGAUCCCACAGGAGAUAAACUGCAGGCAUGGAUAGAAGAAAUGGCAGUCUAUGUGAAGAGCAUCGACCCAAAACACUUGGUGGAGAUUGGAUUGGAAGGAUUUUAUGGUCCCUCAACACUUAAUAGGGUUCAAUUCAAUCCAAAUACAUAUGCUCAACAAGUUGGAACUGACUUUAUCAGGAACCAUCAGAUUCUUGGGGUUGAUUUUGCUUCCGUUCACAUUUAUGCAGACUCUUGGGUUUCUCAAUCAAUAUCUGAUGCUCAUAUCCAAUUCAUCAAGUCAUGGAUGCAAGCACACAUUGAAGAUGCUGAGAUUGUCCUUAACAUGCCGGUCGUGUUUGCUGAGUUUGGGGUAUCUUCAAAAGACCCUGGCUACAAUUCCUCUUUCAGGGACACCCUCAUUAACACAGUGUAUACGGCACUCUUGAAUUCUACAAAGAAAGGGGGAAGUGGGGGUGGAAGCCUUCUGUGGCAGCUGUUUCCUGACGGAACAGACUACAUGGAUGAUGGGUAUGCAAUUAUCCUUUCUAAGUCUCCUUCAACAUCAAACAUCGUAUCUCGUCACUCCUCAAGGCUUAAUAUUUUCAACUCCUUGUGUUCAUGGAAAUGUCGUUGGGGUUGCAAGAAGAAGCAUCCUUGGGGAAAUUUACUCUACCAUGAUGAACUUUAAAAUUGUACAUAAAUAUAAAAAAGAGAAGUCUUGUUACAAUAUAAAAAGGGUUUGAAUCUGUUACCAUAAUUAAUAUGUUUAUGUAUCUGCGCAAGUAAGCAUAUUGAUGUGGAUUGUAUAAGCAAAGCUAUUGAGAAAUGAAAUACCUAAGUUACUAAUGCUUAUUCAAUGGAUUAUUUUGAUGA